AUGGAUCCCAACUUCGCCAAAAAUUGCCGAGAAUUGGUGAUAAUGGGCGGCUACCUCGAUCUUAACCUCCUCCAGACAGCCGGCACCGUCCUCCUGGCAGAUCUUCAAAGCGACAUCAACCUCAUGAUCGAUUCCGAAGGCGCCAAAAUGGCCUUGACUGCCGAAUUCCCCAACAUCACCAUUGUCAGCAAUGCCGCGAACCAGAUCCAUGAAGUCAGCGCGCCGUACACUGAGCUCAUUUCCAACUACUAUGGGACCGAGUUCCCGCUUUGGUACGAGACUGCUGCGGCUGUCAUGCUGGAACCGUCGAUCGUUAAGAACAGCACGAAGUUUUACCUGGAUGUGGACACGAGUUAUGCUUCGCCGGGUUAUGGUAACAUACACGCCUACCAGAAAGCUCUGGCGCCGACGGCACAGUCUUUGCAGAAGGUCAACUUUGUGAUCGAGAUUGACGGCGAUGCGUUGAAGCAGAGGGUCAAGGAGGCUGUCCAGGCUUCGCUGAGCUGCUGA